CAGUUCAGACACCAGCGGAGCUCCUGCGCUGUGUCAGAGGAAAUUAGUUGCCUGAAUAAGUUUAUAUGAAACCAUUUGUUCCUCAUAUUUGUCAGUAGACAUGGCUUGCUGUGUGUUUUUCCUGGGCCUCCUGGCUGUGCUGCUCCUGGAGCUCACGGAGGGUGCAGCGAAACAAGUGUACUCUGCAGAGGGAGGUAAAGUCACACUGGAGCCAACCGUUCCUGAUCAGCUCAAACCCCUCACAAGCAUCCUGUGGAAACAAAAUCGCAACAUGGUGGUGGAAUGGAUUAAGAAUUUAGGUUCUGCAGAUUACUAUGGAAUGUUUGAUGGUCACACAAAUCUGGAUAUAGAGACUGGACGUUUGGAGAUCGAUACUUGGGCUCGUAAUUACAGUGGAGUUUAUUCUGUGGAGUUUAAUGGCCAACUCCAGAGCGAGUCGUACAAGGUUGAUGUGAUCAAGAAAGUCCCAAAGCCCACAGUGGUACUUAAGCCACUGACUUGUCCUAAUGAAGACACCUGCACACUGAUCUGUGAUGGAGACACCACAGGGACUGAACCAGUCACCUACAGUUGGAGGACAGAUCAAAUGGACUUCUAUGAAGAGUCAGGAAAAUCAACGAUAAUCAGCAAGGAUUACAGUGAUGUUAAACAUUUCUUUUGCCAAAUGAAAAACCCAGUUAGUCAUGAAGACAGUGACCCCAUGAAGAAUCCAGUGAGCCAGUGAUGGUCAAGCGAGCAAGCGAGGGAAUGAAGUGAGAGAGCAGUGGUAGAAUGCUUUUCAGUGGUUUUGAAUCAUAACAACCACAAGAGGUCCUUCAUCAUACAGUCAUAACGGUGCACAAAAAUAUUAGACUGACAAAUCCAUUAGACACACACACACACACACACACACACACACACACACACACACACACACACACACGAAAAAAUGCAGCGUAACGUUUAUGUUUGACCCCAAGACUGUCACUUUGGAUGGUUAAGUGUAAAUCAGUCAAACAGGCCUCUUCCUUGUACCAGUCAGUUAAGACUGGAUCCAAACACGUUUGCUUUGCUGUUGUGAAGGAAAUUAUGUACUCAUUCUUAACAAUCAUGUAUCUGCUUUUACUUCUCAUUAAAGUCAUGU